AUGGUUAAGAAAGAUCGAGCUGCCGAAAUGGAAUCACAAGACGUCGAUGAUAUUGUUGCGCAAACAUCUCGAGUUUUGGAGGAGUUAUUCAAGGCGUAUUCACGCCACUCCGAAUUCAUUCCAUCAGUACUUUGGUGUCUUCGAGUCUUGCUUACGGACGAGUCGUUCGAAGAAGAGUGCCAACAAGUGGUCAAGUCCAGCGUCGAUCGAUUGGCCGAAUUCUACUCAACGAAGCCUUUGUGGACACAGUAUAUGGUAAUCAAUGAGUUACGGCGUUUGAACAUUCCGGAACUGGCGGUUUUGCUGGGGAAUGCCUUUCGCAGCCGGUAUUGCGCGACCAGCAAGAAGGUGGCCAGAAGUAAACCUGUGACCGCCUUCUGGCCGUCCUUCUCAUCAUACAGUGCGCUGCUCUCGCAAGAAAAGCGAGGCGGCAUUUUUCAAUUUAUACAAGUAGCAGUGCGUCAGCAGCUGGCACGAAAGGUCCCUCUGGAAGCGGUUAAAAAAGUGUCGAUGUCGAACAGUCACUCGUUGUUCCUAAUGCAAAGCGGUGAAGUGUUUGGAUGUGGACUCGCAUCGAACUUCGGACGAGAUGAAAGCCUCGGCAGUCUGCUUGUAAACCCCGUUAGGAUUGAUCUUCCUGGAGAGAAUCAUCCCGUUGUUGACAUCGCAGUGGGACCACAUCACUCAGUCUUCAUUACGUCAAAAAGUGUGUACGUGUGCGGAUUGAAUUCAAGUUAUUGCCUCGGUUUGAAAAAGGAUAAAUGCCGCUAUCCACUGACGAAGGUUAAACUUCCUCUUCCUGAAGGUGUGAAGAGGGUUCAUUUUGAUAAGGUCUUCACAAAUGCUCAUUGUACAGCUAUUUACUCAUUUGUCAAUCCCGCGAGCGAGGUGUGGAUCACUGGGAAAACACCGCUCAGAAUUUGCGAGAGUUUUACAAGAAUAGAGAGGAGUUUAGAAAUUUAUGAAGCUAUCCGAUCAGAUCCCUACUGUCUCAGCGCAUCCUGCGAAUUGGGAAUCGUUGCGACUGGCGCAGUGCCAGCGAUUUUACCAGUCAGUACUGUCACACUCAGUCACAAGAGAAGAAAUUUGACAGAUUCAGUGGUCACCCUUUGUAAUAGUUCUGGCACACUCAAAUAUACCUUUGAUCCCCACAGUGGUCGAGCACCUCUGGAGCCGUGUGUGAUAAGUGUGAAUGGUGUACUUGUUAACCUUCACUGCGUCGAUUACAACGUAACAGCAAAAGGUUUGCUUGUAAUUUUUGAUUAUCUUCUAAUUGCUUAUUAG